GAAACUGCAGUUUAUUGAUAGGGUAAUCCGUAGGAAACUCCGGGACAGGGACAGGGACUUCUUAGGCAACCGGGACUUAGGCAACAAGGCAACAAUUCUCAAAAUAACAGUCUUACCUAUUAUUAGCUACCCAACUUAUUAUUUAUAGUAGUAGGUCCACGCCAGGACUCAAAUAGAUAAACAGGCUCAUUAAAUGACCCCAGCCCACUUAAAUGACCUCAGCCCCUUUUAUUUCUCCUUUCAAAUACCCUAUUGAAAUACUCAAUAGGCAGAUUCCUAACAUUACUCCCCCCCUAAUUAACCACCUUGCCCUCAAGGUGGGUAAUAAGACACAACCUUGAUCUUGAACUUCCUCUUCAUCCUGGAACCUCUUCCUUCCCAGUACCUCUUGGUUUUCUGCUCUGGGAGCUUCAUUUCUUUCACUUUCAUCAUCACAUUUUCCACAGCCAACAGGGGCAGAAACUGGGUAUAAAAAUUCCCUGGAAUUACACUUGAAGCCUCCUCCUUGUAACCAACCUCUUCAUGUAAGGGUUCUAAGGCAGUCCUGCUAUGAGGCGUUGCAGCUCUAAAUGGAUCCAGGAACAAACCAGUUUGAACCCUUAUACGAACUCCCAUAUCAACUUCAACUGUGUAAUCAAUUUUCCUCUUCCCCUCAAUUCCUUCCAACUUGGAAUCCUUCAGCUGAAUUCCCUCUCCAUCCCAUUUUCUGCCUUCCCAGUAGAUAAGAUAGCCCACACCAUUCUCCUGUACAGUUUGUGACGUGGUCUUCAGAGAUACCUCCAUAGAGUUUGACUUAGGAUCCCCUUGAAUUGACUGACUUAUCCCCAGAUGAUGCCACUUUAUGCUCUGCUUCUGAAAGUUAAUCUCCACAUCCCCUAAUCCAGUCAACCAAUCCAUGCCAAGAACCAAGUCAGCUCCCUCCAACUCCAGCAUGUAGAAAUCUUGUUGAAUGACAGCUCCCCGCAAGCUUAGAAUGAGUUUUUCACACCUGCCCUUGUUGAAGACCCUAUCACCAUUCCCAAGCUGCACUUGGUAGCCAGCAACGGUCUGAUAAGGGAGGGUUAACUGCUCUACCACUUUCUGGGAUAUGAAGUUGUGUGAGGCCCCACUAUCAAUUAGAACAUCCACUAGCUUCUCUCCCUUAGCCCAUUUCAGAAUCCCCUGAACCCUAAAAGCCCUCGUAGAGGGUUUUCCGUCCUGGUUCAUGAAGGACAAUUGCAUGGACUUAAAUUCCAUGGUGAUCUUUUCUUCUUCGGGGAUUACCCCUUCUGGGUUAACUAUUUCCUCUUCUCCAUCGGAAUCCUCCACUAAAAUCAGUUUGUAAUUCUUCAUUUUGCAAGAGUGCCCUCUUCCCCAUCUUUCACCACAUUUGAAGCAAAGUCCCUUCCGGCUUCUAUCUUGGUAUUCUUCUUGUGUCAGCUGUGGCCCUACUCUUCUUAUGUCUGGGAAAUUUAUUUCAGUUUCCCUCUUCCCAUCGGGAGUAAACCAAGGUUGAGUGCCUUGCUGUCCUGAAUUCUUUAUACCACCAGUCUGGGAUCCUGAACUUCCAGCUUUUGGCUUGUAUCCCUCACCCCAAACAGGUUGUCUAUAGUUCAUGGAUCCCUUGUCCCUUCCUUCCAGUUUCUCUGUAGUUUUACCCUUAGUGUAAAUAGCAUCAUUUUUCUUCUCAAUCGCUUGGGCCCUGUCCAUGGUAGCAGCUAGAGAUUUGCCAUUGAAGAGUUUCAGUUCAGCCUUGAUUUCAUCCUUGAGGCCAUUGAUAAAAAUGCCUCUCAGCAUACCCCUGUCUAUGUUCUUCUGUGUAGCUAUUACCUUCUCAAACUCAUCCCGAUAAUCCUCCACAGUUCCAGUCUGUUUCAGGCUCAACAUGGCUCCAUAGGGAUUCUGCAAUAAGUCGGGUUGGAACCUACGGAUAACCGCAUCCUUCAGAUUUUCCCAGGUUAUCUCCUCGGCCUGUUGUUCCCACCACUGAAACCAAUUCAAGGCCCUAUCAUCCAUAGCCACCAUUGAAACCUCAACCUUGUCUUCCUCCUCUGUUUUAUUCAAUCUAAAGUAGCGCUCCAUUCUUACUAACCAGUUAUAGGCGCCUACUCCAUUAAACAAUGGCAGAUCCACCUUCCGACCAGUAUGGACUCUGCGAGUAGGGAUGGGAGAGUGUACAGAAUUACCUCUCGAGUACUCUGGGCUGUGCGGUGAUCGCGAUAGGUGGUGAUGUGGUGAUCGUGAUCGACGGUGAUGAGGGGAACGGUGAUGCGGUGAUCGCGAUCUCCCUCUAGACGGAUCCCUCCUGUUCUGAUAAGCUGCCAUGGAUGUAGCGAUGCUGUUCUGGAUUUGCUCAUUCAUCGCAACAGUGAGAUUCGCGAUGGUAGCUCUCAUCUCCCGCUCAAAGGCUUCCAUGCGUUGUUCCAUUUUGGAUCUCGUUUUUACCAUCCACUUCAGAGAAAAAAAAACUAGGUUGCAGUCGCUUCCUCACAACGAUGCUGAAACGAGAAACGCUACUGCCGUCGCACUUCACUUGUGAUCCCCAGGAGCGAUUGCUCUGAUACCAUUGAUAGGAACCUGGUAAUAAUCUGAGCACAAACAGUAACAAGCAACACCGAUCUAAUCUGAAAGUAGAGAAACUGCAGUUUAUUGAUAGGGUAAUCCGUAGGAAACUCCGGGACAGGGACAGGGACUUCUUAGGCAACCGGGACUUAGGCAACAAGGCAACAAUUCUCAAAAUAACAGUCUACCUAUUAUUAGCUACCCAACUUAUUAUUUAUAGUAGUAGGUCCACGCCAGGACUCAAAUAGAUAAACAGGCUCAUUAAAUGACCCCAGCCCACUUAAAUGACCUCAGCCCCUUUUAUUUCUCCUUUCAAAUACCCUAUUGAAAUACUCAAUAGGCAGAUUCCUAACACAUAAUGAGGUACUAAACUACUUGGAGAUGUAGGAUGUUUUUUCUAGGACUGUUUUCAGUCCCAGACUAAAUCAAUUCAGACCAGACCAGACUUGAAUAGUUAUAAAAUACACAGAGACCAGAGACCAGACAUAAGUUCAAACCAGACCAGACCAACAAAUUUCAGUCCAAGUAAAAACAUGAGUAGUAUACAAUUAUAAACAUUGCACCAAUAAUGUUAACGAUUUUUCAUGACUAGUCCUUUAAAACUAAAAACAAAAUAUAAAUAAAGAUUAUCCAGUUGGGUCCAGGACUGGUCUUUUCCGGAUUAGACUUGUUUGGAUUAUAGUCUUAGUCUGAUUCCCUUUCAAACGGUUCUUGUCUGGGCAUAUUAUCACAGUUCCAUAAUUCCAAAACAGAAAAAUUGGAUGCACCCUUAUUUUCAGUGGCAAAUAAUAUAUGUACUUUUCCUAUGACAAAUCCUUUCUAUUAUUGUAUUUGUGAUGGGGCGGAGAUGGAAGAGAAUAACCAUGGACAACAUAUGUUAUACUGUAAAUGAAAGUCGAGUUACUAGAAGUGAUUAGAGCGGCCUGCUCAGUUCAGUUCCUGACUUCCUGUCCCAUUGUAUCUUCCUCUCAAUUAAUUGUCCGAUCAAUAUUGGAGCCUUCAAGAUGGGGUGUGCUCGUUUCUUUCUGUUGUACCAAAAAAUACCGGUCUUCCUAUAUAUCCCCACUCUCCUCUAAUGUUGUAUAUGUUUAUCAUUGAUAUUCUAAUACGUUAUCAGCACGAAACUUUACACCCUACAACUAUCUGCUCCUCCCCACAAAAACCGGAUUGCACACGAGCGAUUCACACCCCGACAUGCAUUCUCCACCAAAACCUUUUUUUUUCCUUCCAUUGCGGGAGGGACUCAAUCUUCGCCAGAGGGAUUCGACCGAUUUCAGCAACAGGGAGUUACAGAUCGAUUCCGAUUCACAAAGAGCUAAUCAUUGCCGCAUCUUCACCAUUAAGCCGCAUCGAUCUGAUUUUAAUCCAGGGGUAUGGGGAAUUUGGAAACAGUCCAUGUCUGGUCGAAUAUGGUUCGCGAAUGGAUGGAAACCAAGCCUAGACGAGUUGCUUCGAUUAUGUGCGACAUGCAAUCAGAUUUCAUACCAGUUUCUCCGUUGCAAGUCAAGGACAAAGUAGGUGCUUUAUUUAUGGUGGCGUGACGGAAUCCGACUCCGAAUUCAGUCUUAGUGUGUGAAUGAUAUCAAUUGCUUUAUUCAAUUGGUCGAGAUGAAGUUGAAUGGAGGUUUACUGGUACAUAAUGAUUUCCAAAAAAAGUAGGUUAAAUGAAUCAUGGAAUAUUAUCGUGGUACAUAAAUGAACAUUGUCGUGGCAGAGUGAUAUGACAUGGGGUUAUGACUCAAAAUCCUCGAUUCGUCCCUGCCGGGUUUGAGGCUCCAAGUCUCCGGGCACAUGUGUCUCGUUUUCCUAAAUCCUCAUCAACAUAAAUAACGUUCAACAGUUGAAUAUCAUAUGUUUAUUUUAUUAUUAGUAUUAUGUUUUGGAUUGUAUUUUAGGGCCUCUCGUUUUUGUUUCAUACUACUUACUAGUACGGAGUAUGAUUUUACUUUAUCACUAUGGAACGGAGAAGCCGAGCACCGUACUCCAAUUGGCUCAUUAAUGGUUUUUGGGAAGCUAUUUGGAGGAGUGGUCCGAUAGUGAGCCAAUUAGAGUACCGUGGAACUUGAAUUAAUGUAGUUUAACUACUUUUCUUUAAAAAACAAGUUCCAAAUAAAAUUAUUCUUGUAAUAUCAAUGUACAGUUUUUAUUUGAGCCUCUUUGAUGACCUUGAUUUUCAAUUUAUCAGUUUUAUCAAUCAAUUUUUUCA